UGCAAAGGGCCAAGCAGGGGCUGGGCCAGGGGGCAGCGGUGCUGGGGUUACUCCUCCCUUGCACCCACCCUGUGACUGUCUCGCCAAGCCCAAGGGCCUGAGGCAGCAGCCCCAGUAGGGCAGGAAGGGGCCAAGAGGGCUCCUCGCAGUGACUCUGCUGCAGCCCACGGACAGGUGCUGGGGCACAGCACUGAGCCCAGAGGGGGGCACGGGGCAGCCGGGACGAGUCUGGGGGGCCCUCACCUGUAAAACCAUUUCCUGUAACACCCGUGAUGCAGAGGAGAGCGAACAGGAAGCAAAGCCAGAGUGCAAUGGGACAAAGCCCAGAAGAAGACACUGCAAGGAGUAACUGGAUCUCCUGAGAUUCUGCCAGGACCUGCAGCAUUUCAAAGCUCUCUAGUCCCAGCCCAAGGGGAGACCAUUAGCUGCAGUCCACACAGCAUUCAUUUUACUUGCACUGAAUCCACUCAGAACUAUUCAUGGCCCAGGAAUCACAGAGGGGACUUGACUUGGAUGCUCCUGUCAGAUUAGGCUUUGCAGCCCAGCACGAAAGGAGCCUGUAGUCACUGAACAGCAAUGAUCCAGACUUGGUGUGAGACGUGUGUCCUGCCCCCCUGCAGUAGCUGGGUCACAGUGUCCUUUCUGACUGCUUUGCCCAUGCAUGUUCCAGAUGACCUUUCCAUCACACCUACCCCGCGGUGCAGCACAUGCAUGAGACAGCCAGUGACCCAGCUUAGUAAAGCCUCUUCCAUGUGCUUCACUGCCUCUCUCUUGCUCAGGCUUGCCCUAUGUGUCCUGCAGCUGACAGGCAGCGGGGCAGGAGACAUGCAUGGUGCUGAGGAAUUCCCUCCCUGCCUUGUCUUCUCUCCCUAGCCAGGCAGGGUUGGUAUAAUUGCUGGAGCUGUCGUGCUUACAAUGCCUGUUGUUUCCUUCUCCCAUGGCACUGAUGCAUCCGUGGUGCUUAAAAGGGCUGAUCUGUGUCAGCGGCCUUCUCUCACUCAUCCUGCUUUGGUGCCUGCUGGUCAUGACAGCUGAUGUCCAGAAGAGAUGGCAGCUUUCCAGUCGCUUCCCCAUCAUCCAAGGGAAGCUGCCCAGAAGGUCUCGCUUUGGGGCCAUUGAAUCUGCCCAGAGAGGCGUGGACUUUCCAUCUCUGUUCACUAACUCUCUCACAGAUCCUCACUGUGAGCCUGGGCAGCUGCUCCUGAUCCUCGUGACUUCAGCCCCAGGGAAUUCAGAGCCCAGGCAGGUGAUCAGGAGAACCUGGGCUGCCCACGAGGGACCGACAGCAUACCAAUGGCAGUCUGUGUUCUUAGUCGGCCAGUCUGCAGAUGUUGGGGUAGCCCAGGGCAUCCAGAGAGAGCAGCAGGAGUUUGGGGACAUCCUGAUUGGGAAUUAUCAGGACACCUAUCGGAACCUCACCCUGAAGGUCAUGCAUGGGUUUAAGUGGGUGGCCAAGCAAUGCCGGCCCAGCUACAUUCUAAAGACAGAUGACGACUGCUUCGUCAACACAGACCGGCUGCCGGAGUUCCUGCUGGAGCACAACACUAUUAAGACGGGCCUGUAUGCAGGAUCCCUCUUCUCCAGGGAGAAGCGGCAGGUCAUCAGAGAGCCUUCCAGCAAAUGGUUCGUCUCUAGGCAAGACUACCACCCAGAUGAAUACCCACCAUAUGCCAGUGGCAUCGGCUACAUCCUGUCUCUGGAUGCCGUUGAGCAGAUCCUGUGGGCAGCAGAACAUGUCCGCCCCAUCCCGGUAGAAGAUGCCUACGUCGGCAUCUUGGCUGAGAAAGCUGGGAUCCGGGUGAAAUCCAGUGCGCGCUUCGCCAAGCACAACGUGAGGUGGCGGGUGUGUAACUACCGCUACCUGAUGGUGAUUCAUCACCUGAGCCCACAUGAGCAGGAGGUGGCCAAGGGGAACAUGCUGCAGGCUCGGAGUGCCUGCCAUGACAGUCUGGAGGUCACCAGGUGGAAGUGAGCCACUGUCUGCCAGGAGGGCUGGCAAGGGACGGGGCAACCUCAUGCCUGUAGCACAGUCUGAAGGGGGUUAUGCAACCGGUGCUCAGGGUUACCCCUACCCCAAGGCCCCAUCCCAGGCUCUGGAGGGUGGUGAAGCACUGGAAUGGGUUACCUAGGGAGGUGGUGGAAUCUCCUUCCUUAGAAGGUUUUAAGGUCAGGCUUGACAAAGCCCUGGCUGAGAUGAUUUAGUUGGGGUUCGUCCUGCUUUGAGCAGGGCAUUGGACUAGAUGAUCUGAGGUCGCUUCCAUCCCUAAUCUUCUAUGAUUCUAGGUCAGCCCCUGCCAUGCACUCUUGCCUGGCACCCUAGCUGUCUUGCCCUUCCAGUGUUAUGGACUUCUGGAGAGUGAAAUGGCCCUGCCUGGCUUGCCUGACAGGCAGCAUCUUACUUGCCAUGAGGUUGGGGCUGGGAGCCAGGAGCUCUGGAGUGGGAGUCCCAGCUCUGCUACUAACCUCAGGCCAGUGACUGACCGAUCCUGUGCCUCGGUUUCCCCACCUGUAAAGUGGGGAUAACUAUCUGACUCAGCUCCCAAGGCCUGUGGAGAUUUAAUUGGUUCAUGUCUGUAGGGCUCUGAAAAAGUGGUGUGGGAGGGGCCAAACAUCAUUAAUACAGAGGGACUUAAGGUCUCGGUAUGUCAUGCCCAGCUGAGGCUCCUGCCAUUUAGAUGCAUCGUGGCAUGCUAGGACCUGUAAUCCCCACAGGCUGGCUGCAGUCUGCCUCAGUUUUUGGCCAGCUGCUGGCAGCCCUUAGCUGAGCUAAGUUGGAAGGUCCAAGGUCACCAGGACUUUUCUGCCUCUAACACUACAGUGCCCUGGGGCGCAGGGCAUGGUGAGCCCUGGAGCUGAGAGGGGAGAACACCAGCCAUGACAAAUGGGAGUGGGGAUGGCCUCUGCCUCCAGAAGAGGGCUCUCUCCUCAUGCCCGGUGUCUCCAGCCCUCCCACAGCUGAGGCUCUCACUGGCUGCCUUAUGAAGGGGGGUUGCUGGAUGUGUGACCUACCAAACGAGCAGCAUUAUGAGCCUCUCUGUAUGCUGCUGGUGAGGCUUGAAAACACCGGGGUAGCCCAGAACCCCUGCAGGGAGUGACCCUGAUUUCCCCCAUCUCUAUCACCUUCCCAUGGUAGGGGGAUGGGACGGGACUUACCUGCGCUUGGUGCAAUGGCACAAGCAAAAUGAACUGCACCUUCUCAUGCUGCAUCUUUCUGAAGGAAGGCCCAGGAUGGCCUGCACUUCUCCAGCACCUGGGCAUGCAGCUUGUUCAGGCUGCCAGGCCCCAUGGGUGCUAGUGAUGUGUGUCAGGUGUAAAUGGUACUCGCUUUCCCGCUCAGUGCACGCUGGGGACCCAGGUACCUGUUGUUCUAACGAGCCUGGAGCACUUUCCGGACUGAAAGGACACUAGGAAAGGGUUAAUCUAUGCAGAAGCUAACUACAAAACUGUAUUAAGUAAGGGCUGGGCUCUGUUCCUUUCCCUUGGCAAAAUGCUUCCCCUCUCUCUGCCUCAGUUUCCCAUCCCCAGGCAGGGGGUGAAGCCAAACUCCCACUGAUCUCACGUAUCAAGGUGCUUUAGGUUGGAUAUUAGGAAAAACUUUUUCACUAAGAGGGUGGUGAAACACUGGAAUGCGUUACCUAGGGAGGUGGUAGAAUCUCCUUCCUGAGAAGUUUUUAAGGUCAGGCUUGACAAAGCCCUGGCUGGGAUGAUUUAGCUGGGGACUGGUCCUGCUUUGCGCAGGGGGUUGGACUAGAUGGCCUCCUGAGGUCCCUUCCAACCCUGAUAGUCUAUGAUUCUCCUCCAACUAGCCUUGUGCAGGGUGCUACUGGGAUGGGAACAGCUGCUUUUACAAACCAACGCUAACCACGCCCACCUCCCUCAGCCCAGUCCUGCCCUGCCCGAACUUCCCUGGAGUUCAGCAGCGAUAGCAGCCAGCUGGGGAGAGGAAGUUAGUCAUGGGAGUGGGCUCCUGCCCCUUGGGCACAGGGAGGCUACGGCUAGUUAGCCUGUAGUGUGAGAUAUCCCAUGGUUCCUGAUUCCUGCCCCACCGUGCCUAGAAAGGGCUCCCCUCUGGCCCAUCGAGGAUAACUCCCUGCUCUGGUGCCCAGCACUCAAUCAGUGUUACUGACAUCCCAGCAGCAGGUGCCAAACAACCCACACCAGCUCAGCCUGCCCCGCGGUUCCCAACCCUACGACCGCCCAAUAGCGUUACCUCAUGCUUUUGCCACUGUUGUGCAGCUGGGGUCCCCUUGCUGGGGGGACAGGCCCACCCAAUUCUGCCUUCCAGCCUUACUGAUGAGCUUAGGGCCCCUGAGCACAUGAUGCUGGACAGUUGCUUGGGUAGGGUAGGCCCGUGGCAUUUGUGUAAUCCCUGCUCACAGCAAGGCUCGCUGCCGGGGAGGCUGGAAAAGAACUAGAGCCGCUGCAGGCCGGGGGCCUGCCCUUCUGCAGCAGAUCUCUGUGUCCAAGGCCCUUGGCUUUGGGAAGGGGGCUUCGGAUAGUGCUGGUGCUCUGUAAAUAAACUGCAUCAAUGACACUAGAGGAAGCUGAUGCCCAACUCAGUAGAGUUGUAGGGAAAAGCGGGGGAGGGAAACACUUCAAACCUGGUGCUUUGCCAGCCGGGCAUGCUGCUCCCACCUCGGCUGCAGUCUGCUCAGAGUCGGACCCUAAGGCCUAGAGAACUUGUGUUACUGUAGCCCCUUGGUCAUGGCCCAGGACCCGGAGCCUGAGGUGCUGUACAAACAACCCAUUUCCCCCUCUGCCAGGAAGGUGGGUGCAGCUGCUCCUGGCAGGUUACUCUCCAGGGCCUUCUCCAGUUGGUUUUAAACAUUCCUAGCCACACCGCUUCCCUCGGGGUGGACCUGGCCACUUGGCACAGAGCCACUGAGCGAGGGGCCAUCCUGUGAUGGCCAGGGAGCAGGAGGGCCGCAGCCAGUGCUGGGUGCUGUUUUCUCUGAACGGUCAGAAGGGACAGAGCUGUUGGGGGAGGGAGAUGGUAGCUAACAGCUGCCUUUCACUGAGGCUUUGUCCUGCAAUAAAGGUUACCAAUAGCU